AUGUCCCCGGGGAAGCCCGGGGCGGGCGGAGCGGAGAGGAGGCGGAGGAGCUGGAGGCGGCGGCGGCGGCGGCGGCCUCGGCCCCGGCCACCGGCUGCUGCCCCGGGCGCCGAGGCUGCUGCUGAAGCUGCUGCUCCGGGGCCCCGGCGCGCCGCGCUGCUCCCGGGCUCGUUCCGGGGCGCGCGGAGCCCGAAGCCCGGGUGGGCUGGGGCGCAGCCUCGGCUCUGCCUCCUGCUGCGCCUGGGGCUGCUACUGCUCGGCUUCGGCCAGAUUGCAGUUGCAGGUGACUGUGUUGAAUGCGGGCCGAUGACUUUAAGUUCGAACACCACUGAAAUUCACUUGAUUGAUUUACCAGAAAACUUGUCCAUCAGCAAUGUGACCAGCGAAGGUAGAUAUGUGUCCUGGAGUAUCCAGGAUGGGAGUACAGUGAAUAAGACGAUUGUGGGGUUGAGCCCUGGGGAGAUGUACGAGAUCGAGUUGAAGAAUGGUACCAGUACUUGCUGCAAAAAGUGGUCAACACAACCUAAUCCGGUAUUUGACAUUGAAGUUGUCAGCAUGGGGACAACUGAGGUGACCCUGACCUGGAAGAACUUGGACCAAGCUGCUUCUGAGUACAGAUACGUUGUGCAUUCCGGGAAGGAAAUAAAAGUCAUCACCAAGCAGCACAUAAAUGUUACAAUCACGGAUUUGGAACCUGGCACUUAUUAUGUAUUCUUCAUCUCCCCAGAAUUGAAAGAUGGGACUCAGGGAUCCCCGAAAGCUGUGACUGUCACGACAAAACCAAAUCCAGUGUCUGAGCUCCAGGUCACAGAUGUGGGCAUAGCUGAGGCUACUCUAAGCUGGCACUCAGACAACAGCACUGUGGCAACUCACAUGCUAUUGGAAGGUUUUGAAGAUGAGACUAAUUCAUCCUCCCAGGUGCUACUUAAUAUUUCCGGCCUCGAGCCAGGUUUCCAGUACCAGUUCAGUCUGUUUCUUCCAGAACCUUGUCAGGCCCAAGGAGACCCCAACGCCACACAAAACAGGACAGGUGCCAACAGCAAAGAUAUCAGCAUGGUAGAUGGCUCACUUCAACCAGCCUUUGAACCCAACACCUUGGUGUACAAAUGCAACCUCCAAAAGGGAGCCCGAUUGGCUGCAGAGAUCCCCCAAAACACAAGGGUCAAUGUUUUUGGGUUAAAUUCAGGAACUUCAUACCAGGUCACUGUUCUAUCUCAAGCAGCUAAUGAGACUGAAGGAGACCCUCAAAAGAGAAUCUUCAAGACAAAUUCUAGUCAAGUGGUUAACAUCCAAGUUGAGGAAGUCAGUGACACAGAAGUGAAAUUGGCUUGGGAGAACAGUGAUAACUCAUCGUCCAGCUACACAUAUAGAAUACACGUUGCUGCCGAUGGCCAUUCCUUUGACCAGAAUUCUAAUAAUACCUAUGUUGCCAUCAGAGGGCUCAAUUCUAGCACAUUAUAUAACUUUACAGUAUAUCCUAAAAGAAACCAAGAUCCUGAAGGCCAGCCAGCCUUUGCUCAGACUUACACAGCACCCCAUCCAGUCUCUGACUUUCGAGUACAGGAUUUCACCACCACCAGCAUCAGCUUAGCUUGGAACAGUGAAGCCUCCUCUUUCAGGAUCCUUGUUCAAGAACUCACGAAUCAUUCACUCCCCAGAAAUGAGACACACCAAGAAAAACAGCUUUUAGUUACAGGCUUAACACCCGGGACACCCUAUUGUUUUGAAAUAUUUCCUCAAGCACCGGAUGGAAGGGAAGGACUCUCACGAAAACUGGUACAAACAACUGAGCCGAGUAUUGUUUCAGACAUUGAAGUUGUAAGUGUUAACACAACUGCGAUACACUUAAAAUGGCAGAACAGGGACAAUGCGUCCCUAGGGUAUCGUUAUCAUCUGCUGGUAGAAACAGAUGGAUCCUGGGUCUUUAACUCCACAAUCGGCUUCCUUAAUGAGACCAUCGGAGACCUAGUACCGGGUACACGCUAUAAUGUUACCAUCUAUCCAGAAGUAGGAAAUGGGACGAAAGGGAGUCCAGCGUCGAAAGUUGUAUAUACAAGACCUAGCCCAGUGUCUACCAUCAAUAUUUCAAGCAUCAGUACCACAGAAGUAACCUUAAGCUGGCAAGAAACUGACAGUGCCUCCACUGGCUACACCUAUCUCAUCAUUCUUGUUGAGGGAGGGUCCGUCAGCCCGGUAUCAACAUCCAUCAACCAAACACUGACGGUCAGAAAUGCCACAAUCACAGACCUGAGCCCCGGCACUUUUUAUGAAGUCAGAAUCUAUUCCCAAGUAGGAGAGGAUGCUCUUCAAGGAGAACCUGGUCACACAUCCUUCUGUACAGAUGCUGCAUCUGUGGCUUUCCUUGAGUGCAAUCCAGUGCCCAAACAAUCGACCCUCACUUUAAGAUGGCCCUGCCCCCCUGGCAUGAACAAUGGCUUCAGUCUGACUGUCCAUAGUGGGGAGUGGAGCCAGGAAAUAAGUCUUCCACCCUGCAAUUCAACGGAUGUGACUGAUGACUUUAAUGUGACACAUUUAAAUUAUUCUACUGCCUACAGCAUCAGCCUCACCACCCUGUCCUGUGGGAAAAAGAGUUUCCCCAUACAGAAUGUUUCCCAAACUAGUAUCACAGACCCCCCUCCUCCAGAUGGAUUGCCAAAUAUUUUCCCCAUCAGCCACAACUCAUUGAAAGUAAAAUUCGGCAAGUUUGAGGCAAGCCAUGGACCAAUAACAGCCUAUGCGGUCAUCCUUACCACGGAUGGAAGUGGUAACAAGUCUUCUGCUGACUUUUUGAAAUAUACCUAUGAUGAUUUCAAGAAAGGAACCUCGAAGACCUACGUGACUUACCUCAUGUCGAUGAAAGAGGAAAGAGCUGCCUCAGCUUUGUCUGAUGUCUUGAAGUAUGAGGUCAUUGUAGGGAAUGAAUCUACCACAGAUGGCUAUUACAAUGGGAAAUUGGAACCCCUCAGUUCCUAUCGGGCUUGUAUUGCUGGCUUCACCAAUAUCACCUUUGACAGCCUUCACCUCAUUAAUGGCACAGAGAGCUACGUCUCAUUCAGCCUCUAUUCAGAUGCAGUCUCUUUACCUCAGAAUCCAGCUGUCAUCUGCGGUGCUGUCUUUGGGUGUAUCUUUGGUGCUCUGGUAAUCGUGGCUGUUGGAGGCUUUAUCUUCUGGAGAAGGAAAAGGAAAGAUGCAAAGAAUAGUGAUGUGUCCUUUUCUCAAAUUAAACCUAAAAAAUCUAAAAUAAUUAAAGUGGAGAAUUUUGAGUCCUACUUUAAGAAACAGCAGGCCGACUCCAACUGUGGUUUCGCAGAGGAGUAUGAAGAUCUGAAGCUCAUUGGUGUUAAUCAACCGAAAUUUGCAGCUGAGAUUCCGGAAAAUAGAGGAAAGAACCGAUAUAAUAACGUCCUACCGUAUGACAUUUCUCGUGUGAAGCUUUCCAUCCAGACACAAGUGACUGAUGACUACAUUAAUGCCAAUUACAUGCCAGGCUACUACUCUAAGAGGGAUUUUAUUGCCACUCAAGGACCCUUACCAAAUACACUAAAGGACUUUUGGCGUAUGGUCUGGGAGAAAAAUAUUUAUUCUAUUGUUAUGUUGACCAAGUGUGUUGAACAGGGAAGGACCAAAUGUGAGGAAUACUGGCCUUCCAAACAAACCCAGAACUAUGGGGAUAUCACUGUUGGCAUAAUAUCAGAAAUCAUCCUUCCAGAAUGGACAAUAAGGGAUUUCACAGUGAAAAAUAACAAGACCAGUGAGAGCCACCCUCUGCGUCAGUUCCAUUUUACUUCCUGGCCUGACCACGGCGUGCCGGACACCACAGAUCUGCUCAUCAACUUCCGCUACCUGGUCAAUGAUUACAUGAAGCAGAGCCCUCCAGAGUCCCCCGUGCUGGUUCACUGCAGCGCUGGAGUUGGCAGGACAGGUACAUUCAUUGCCAUAGACAGACUCAUCCAUCAGAUGGAGAAUGAGAACGCCGUAGACGUGUAUGGGAUUGUAUAUGACCUCCGCCUGCAUCGACCCUUGAUGGUGCAAACAGAGGAUCAGUAUGUCUUCCUCAAUCAGUGUGUUUGGGAUAUUAUCAAAUCCCAGAAAGACUCCAAAGCUGAUCUCAUCUACCAAAACACAACGGCCAUGACCAUCUAUGAGAACCUCGAGCCAAUGACUGCUUUUGGGAAGACAAAUGGUUACAUUGCUUAAUUCCAAAGGAAAACCUUCCUGCCCAGGGCUUCCUGGGCCCAGCGCCCCCACAGUAAAGGGAAAUGAAUGCAC